GGAGAGAGAGUUGGGCGUAAACGCCGAGCCUUCGCGGCUUCUAAGCGUAGCUUCACCACCUCAAAAGCUACUCUCAAGAUGCAGCAGACCGUAUCCUACAGAUGGGACUUGAGGCAGGCGGGGACCGCUCGGGGUGGACGUCACUCACUGGUUGUGUCAUCAGCGCUGGCGCGAGAACUCGAGAGAGAUAUCCAAGAAUCUCGCCGCAAAUCUCAUCUCGGAGGAUCGGAGCUUUCGGCGGCGAAAUUGUGCCAUCCCGCGUUGUACCGCUCUCAAGAGAAGAUUUUGAAUUUCGUACAUUCGCCUCUGACCUCGGUCGAGAUGUUCAUUCGUGAGCUGGACCAGUACGCACCUCCGAAAAAAAGACGAUCGACCAUCUCCGCGGAGCCUACGCAAUUGAAGUUCCUCUUCAGGACGCGAUACUGAGCCUCAAUCGACUCCCUGCUCCGGAUAGCCGGCGGAUGAGACGCAUCGCUAAUUUCCCGACAGAGUAUGUCGCGAAAGGGAUCAUCCCGAUAUAAACAAGCUAGGAACUUCAGA